UAAAAUCAAUAAUGAUAUGCUUAUGUCACAAGCAUAUUUAUAGAACUGGCAGAUCUAUUUCUUCAACCACAAUCAACAAUUGGAAAAUCCCUAAAUCGGAUUUGUGAAUUCACCAAAUCGACUCGAUCGGAAACCAUUCGCUCUUCUAUGUCACGCGGCGGAGCGUUAGAAUCAAUUCACGCCAUUGAAUCAUGCGCCUUCCACCUCCUCAGCUGGCGCCCUUUCGCCCAAACCCUCGAUUCCGACUCCUCCUCCAAGCCCCGCUACGGCCCCUACACCAAGCGCCCCUGCCGCUCCGACCGCGCCACCUCCUCCUUCUCCAUCGACGCCAUCCUCGACAUGUCCAAGCUCACCCUCUUCGACGACGACAGGGCGCUCUCCUUCUCCGCCGCGAGAAAGCGCUGGUUCACCGGUAAGCGCCGCCGCCGCCGCGGCUCGGUCUCCGGCCGGAGCUCCGAUCGCAGGGCUGGCUGCUCCGUUGCCGCCUCCGCCGCGAACGGCACGUGCUCCGAUUUCCCUAUGCUGGCCACGGACUCCAGCGGGGAGCUGUUCGGGGAUCCGAAUUGGGCGUCGGAUGUGAGUGAUCGGAGAGAGAGGGAGGCGAGUGGGUUGGGGGGUGGAGAGAGGGAGAAUGUGGGCGGCGGGUGUGGGCAGUUCGGUAAUAAUUGCGAUAGCCAAGGGAAUGAAUCUGGGUAUGGGAGUGAGCCGGGCUACCGCGGCGAUGCUGAACACGGUUAUGGCGAUGAGGAAGAGGAUGAUUCUAGGGCUUUGUUUUGGGGCGAUGAGUUUGGAGCUGAGAGUGCUUCCCCGUUGGAAAGAGUGGGCGAGAACUCACUGCAGAAAGCUCAUCACAGAGGGCGUCGCAAGAAACAUGAUGUGCGAAUGGCCUAAUUUGUAAUUACAUUUAUCAAGUCUCCCUCUUGCUUUGGAUGGUUUUCUAUGUUCCUAGCAAGAUUUAUUCUUCACAUCCCAAUUUGCAAGUUUUGAUCUAGAAAUGUUCAUUUGUUGCCCAAGCCUAAAUAACAUCCAAGUUUGUACUGUGGUAGGUGUUACUUUUUCUUGAUUGUUUGUAUCGUGACAGCAAAAUAUCUAUGUAUCUAUAUCGGAUUGAGAAAAUGAA